AUGAUGAAACAAGUUGCAGUGUUACAUGAUGAAUUGAAACAAGCUCUUCAAAAAGUAAGAGAAGAAAGAGCAUUCAAACCAUCGGAAUGGAUUCAAAAGAAAACUGAAAUGUUCAACGAAUAUAUGAGAAAGUGUGGAUUGAAAGCUUGCGUCGUAUCCAUUUCAGGAGGUGUGGAUAGUGCUGUCACUUUUGCUUUGGCAGUGAGAGCCAUGCAACAACCAAAUUCACCCAUUAAAAAAGUCUAUGGAAUUGCUCAACCUAUUAAAUCGACUGAAAAGAUUUGGAAACGAGCAUUGGAACUUGAACAAGUCUAUGCCACUUCUAAUAAUAGUUCUUCUUCUGAUGAGAACAGUGUUCAUAUUGUCACAGUGGAUCAAAGUGAAAUUCAUACUCUCAUUCAAGAACGUACUGAACAAGCUUUGGGAAUUAAAAGUGGAGAUUUCAGUAGUGGUCAACUCAAAUCCUAUAUGAGAACUCCAGUUGGAUUCUUUACAGCUCAAUUAUUGAGUCAAUCUGGUUAUCCAUGUAUUGUAUUAGGAACUGGUAAUUAUGAUGAAGAUGGAUAUUUGUAUUACUUUUGUAAAGCAGGUGAUGGUGUUGCUGAUGUUCAAUUGAUUGCUGAUUUACACAAAUCUGAAGUAUUUUUGGUUGGAAAAGAAUUGAAUGUUCCAAGUUCUAUUCUUGAAGCACCACCUUCUGCUGAUUUAUGGGCAGGUCAAACCGAUGAGAAUGAAUUAGGAUUUCCCUAUGAUUUUGUUGAAUUAUUAACAGAAGUCAUGACCAAGAGUGAGGAAGAACAGACUCGUUUCAAACAAUCCUUUAAGGAUCCUGAGGCUUUGAAACAAUUCGAAGAAUUGAGUUCUGAGGCUAAAUUGAUUCACAAACGUAAUAAUCAUAAGGCUAAAUAUCCUUUGAAUUUGAAUAUUAUUCAUCCAGAAGGAGAUAAUUAUACAUUGUAA